AUGGUUGUGAAUUUAUCAGACUACUAUAUCAACUUGACUUUGAGAAAUGAUGAACUGCAACUUGAAAUCGAUGACGUUCGUGAAAAGGUUGAUUCAGGCUGGAAGAUAUUCAGAUGGAACGUCUACUUCUUUUCCAAAGAUCUAGGAACAUGGUCAGAGUCCAUAGAAAAAUGUAAGGAGAAAAAAUCAGAUCUGGUUUCUGUUUUAAAGGCGGAUGAACAGCUUUAUCUCAAUACAGAAGUCAGAAAGAAUAAAUUUUGUUAUUGGAUUGGACUCCGGAAGAAUAAGAAGAAACGUAAUGGAGUCUUGUGGCUAAAUGGCAUGGAAGCUACAACUACGUGA